CUUCAGUCUGGUGGUCUUGGAUGUAACACCUCUGUACCUCUGGCCUGAGGGUAGAAGUGUGAGGUCUUUGAGGAUGGAGGCAGCUUUCCUGUGGACCCUGAGCAAAUGUAUGUGCUUCUCACGUUCCAAUCGUCUGAGGACCACAGAGUAUUCUUGGUCUGUCUUUUUUUCCUAUUUUAUUUCCUACUUUUGAGGGGCGAUGAAACAGUUUUCACCGAAAAAGGAGGAAUCUUCACCUACACGGAACGUUCUGAUCACGCGGUUUCUGGUAGGACGAGGGACGGUGACGUACACCGGAAGUGUGGCGUUGUUUCUGUGUUCGGGGAGUUUUAACCAGUGUUUUCGUCGUCCAGGAGUUUUACUCAUAGUUACUUUGACUUUACUGGUAUAAUAGUACAUUUAAGUGCCUCAGCAUGCCGAAGGUCGUGUCUCGAAGUGUCGUUUGCUCGGACACCAGAGACAGAGAGGAGUACGACGACGGAGAAAAGCCCCUCCAUGUCUACUACUGCCUGUGCGGGCAGAUGGUUCUGGUGUUGGACUGCCAGCUGGAGAAGCUGCCCAUGAGGCCGAGGGACAAAGCCAGGGUGAUCGACGCGGCCAAACAUGCCCACAAGUUCUGCAACGUGGAGGUGGACGAAAACGCGUACAUCAAGAGAGCCGAGGGCAUCGAGCGGCAGUACCGCAAGAAGUGCGGCAAGUGCGGCCUGCGGCUCUUCUACCAGCACCAGGAGAAGAACAACCCGGCCACCUUCAUCGUGGACGGGGCCGUGGUCAAGUUCGGCCAGGGCUUCGGCAACACCAGCGUCUACAGCCAGAAACAACCAGAGGCCCCCAAGAAAGUCCGCGUGAUGAUGACCAAGAGGACCAAAGACAUGGGCAAGUUCAGCUCUGUCACCGUUUCCACAAUCGACGAGGAGGAGGAGGAGAUCGAGGCCAGAGAGGUGGCGGACUCCUACGCGCAAAACGCCAAAGUGAUCGAGAAACAGCUGGAGAGGAAAGGCAUGAGCAAGAGGAGGCUGCAGGAGCUGGCUGAGCUGGAGGCCAAGAAGGCCAAGAUGAAGGGAACCCUCAUUGAUAAUCAGUUCAAGUAGAGAACUACAAAUGAAGGACAGACUGUGAGAAAAGUUGUGAUCCUCCACAGAACGUCCAUUUCUGAUCUGUCCAGUACAUAGAGAGGACCAUGCUUGGACAGGACUUUGAUCAGCUCAGGACUGGUGAUUUUUGUUUUUGUUUUUGUUUUUAUAUAUAUGUAGGUGCUGCACAUUCAGAUUUUGAUCUUGGGUUGAGGCUGUACACCAGUUAUUGUUCAAAAUAUUCAUUUGUACAUAAACUGAGAAAUAAUAAACAUGUUUUGGUAUUUUUUUUAAUGCUUCUGUUCUAUAGAGUUCAAGGUCACUGAUCUAAAAUACUGUCAGAUAGUGUGCAGAGGUAUUGACAAAACAAGUGUUGGUGCCCACGUUUAAAUAUGGCUCUAAA